AAUAAAACAUGUAAAUAAUUUGUGUAUUAUAGAAAUAAUAUUAUAGUUGUAAAUCUGUUAGCGAUAAGGCCAUGGUAUGAAUUUUGUGCCGAGGAGUUUCUUUCUAUUAUGUGUAACGAUACCAAUAAUAAAAGCAGUCAGUGUGCGAAUAGAUGGCUUAAUAGAUUUAGGACCAAACUGGACUUACGAAUACCGCAUCGUCGACGAGAACGCUGCCAAACUCAAAAAAGUCGCUAGAACAGGGGAUCAGGAAUCCAUAGAAGAGGAACCACAUGACGAUGCUAGAAUGAAAAGAGAUGAAGAACGGUUACGCAUAGCCGAAGAAAGGCUGCGCAAAGAGGCAGCUGAACUGCGCCAAACUGAAGGAAGAUUACAUAAAGGAAAAAAGCAAAGCAAUCGCAGCAGUCAUGAAAUUAAAGAAAAAGACGCAAGUCCAUUAAAAGUACUUAAACAUGACAAUCCAAAAUCAUUAAAAGAAUACAUUAAAUCGCAAAAGGAUAAUAAAGAAAGCGACGCAAAAGAAACUACAAAAGAAUAUAUACCGUUAAAGGAAUCAGAAGAAACUAGAACUUCUCCCCGAUCAGAUAAGGUCACUUUUAGCUCAGUAGAAAGCGAUUCGUUUGUCGAUAGCUCUGAUGUUACUACUGCACAGAAAAACACAAUGUUUGAUAUAUACGACUUCACAUCUACACGUAGACCCAAACAUACAUAUAAAAGUGAAUCGGAUGAAACGACAACGAAAAAGCACAAGCGUAGUAAAAAGGUUGUAAUUAAAGAUUCCGUAUCUGUGGAGGACGAUAAAAAGGUAAAGGGUAGAAAUAAAAUUAAAAUUGGAAGAAUACAUGAUGAAAGUGUACCCAUUAGCGUUAAACUGCCGAUUAACGUUCCGACUGUAACUACAACGCCAACGCAAUCGACACUAACUACAGUAACCACGAUGAGAACAGGAGAUAUUUACACCAAUCCACACAAAGUCAAAGAUGACACGAACAUAACAGAAUUCACAAAUCAGAUAUUAAAACAAACGCUAAAAGUUUUUGACGUUGUAAAAGAGAAAACUGACCAGUACCACGUUAAGAAAGAUAUUGACAGAGUUGCUAGAAGUUACGAAGAGAAGUUUAAAGAGUUCCUAGCUGACACGAACUCGCAGAAAAUCAAAACUAGAUUAGGAACCCAGAAAGUUAUAUUAAACACUAUCGAAAUGUCAAACCUCAUACUUAAACGACUAGUAAACUUUAUGGUAGGAGACAUGGAUAGAAAAGGAGUGCUAAGAGACAACAUGGCUACCGCUAACAUAUUCCAGAAAGAAUUGGAAAAAGAACAAGAAGUUGAAUUCACGAACGCUUGCAAGAAAUUCGGAAUAUGUCGAACUGAGACUGGCUUUCCUGAUUUCAUUGCGAGCGUAAUUACAAUAUUACUCCGGUGUGACGACAAGCGGUUUAAACAAGGCAUAGACGCUUUGACUGAAGCUGUUAAAAGCACAAAUUAUAAUAAAGCUCUAGACACAAAUACUGAGCGUAGAUUGAAAGACGGUAUUGAGAAUUUGGAGAUGCAGCCUGUUUACACUCUGAGACCAACUUUUAUGAUAAUUAGAAACAUAAUCUCGAAUAAAAAUAAGCCAUUAGUCGUGAAUAAUUUGAGCGCAAGUCGACGGGUAAAUGUGACGCUCGCGUUUUUGGAAAUCAUUGAUCUGAUGGAUCAAAGACUGCCAAGAAACGAGGCGAAUGCCUCAGAAUGGUCUGAUAUAAAGAAUAGUUUGACUGAAUUCGCUGAUAGUAAAAGGUAUGACGUUCAAGACAUUAUGGAAGUAUUCGUAAGGCAUUUAAAGAAAUCAUUAAAGACACUGGAUAAACCGACGCAAAAGGUUGUAUCGAAAAAUAUUAAUAUAAUUUUA